AUGAAUGUUGAAGAUCACAUCCAAUGGCCCAAGAUGUUCUUCUGUACCUUCCUCACAGUACCCUAUAAUUUUCCUGAAAGAUAUAUUAGAAGGGAGAACAGUGGAAAGGAGACUUUGACCGAGUCGCCGGGCCUCAGAUCUGCUACUGCCUGUUUUCACUUGGAAUUUGCUGAUGCAUUUACAGAUACAAUUUCACAAGGUCAAUCAAUCACAACCUCUCAGACCAUCAUAUCUGCGGGUGGUGAAUUUGAAUUAGGAUUCUUUUCUCCUGGAAACUCCACAAAAUACUAUGUGGGGAUAUGGUACAAGAAAAUAUCAGAGCCAACCAUUGUGUGGGUAGCUAACCGAGAUUAUCCAUUCACAAAUCCGUCUGUGGUUCUUACUGUCAGGACAGAUGGUAGCCUCGAGGUUUGGGAGGGGAAAAUUUCAUACAGGGUGACAAACAUAUCAUCAAACAGCAAAACUAGUGCCACCCUAUUGGAUUCUGGAAAUCUUGUUUUGAGAAAUGACAACUCGAGUAUCUUAUGGCAAAGCUUUGACUAUCCAUCGGACACUUUCUUGCCGGGGAUGAAACUUGGAUACGACAAAAGGGCUGGAAAAACAUGGUCAUUAGUGUCAUGGAAGAGCGCAGAAGAUCCCAGUCCAGGAGUUUUCUCCCUGAAGUACGACCCUAAGGGAACCGGCCAGAUUUUUAUCUUGCAAGGGUCCACAAUGUACUGGGCUAGUGGCACCUGGGACAGGGAUGGGCAGGUUUUCAGCUUGAUUCGUGAGAUGCGCUUAAACUAUAUGGCAGAUUAA